CUCCCCGUGGCGAUAAGGACCCAAGAAACACAACAAGCAAAGAUCAACAGGAAUCUCACUCAAAUCGCUCGAGCCUUCGCUCCCAGCGUUCCAAUCUUCGAUUCCUCCAAACCACCGACCAUGUCGCUGAUCCGCCGCAGCAACGUGUUCGACCCCUUCUCCCUCGACCUUUGGGACCCCUUCGAGGGCUUCCCCUUCGGCUCCGGCAGCAGCGGCAGCCUCUUCCCCUCGUUUCUCCGCACCAACUCCGAGACCGCAACCUUCGCCGGCGCGCGCAUCGACUGGAAGGAAACCCCAGAGGCGCACGUGUUCAAGGCGGAUGUGCCGGGGCUGAAGAAGGAGGAGGUGAAGGUGGAGGUGGAGGACGACAACAUCCUCCAGAUCAGCGGCGAGCGCAACAAGGAGCAGGAGGAGAAGACGGACACCUGGCACCGCGUGGAGCGCAGCAGCGGCAAGUUCCUGCGCCGGUUCCGGCUGCCCGAGAACGCCAAGACGCAGCAGAUCAGUGCGUCCAUGGAGAACGGCGUGCUCACCGUCACCGUGCCCAAGGAGGAGGUCAAGAAGCCCGAGGUGAAGUCCAUCCAGAUCUCCGGCUAGACAUCGGUCCGGUCUUCCUGCGUGCAGUGAUGGAGUGGAGGAAACUGAGUUCUCCUGGGUCGUCCUGUGAAAAUAAAACUGGGUUCUACUGUGUGUUUGUGUGUCACUAGCGUGAAGGUCUCGUGAAGUGUGGUCUGUGCGUGAAGGUCUCGUGUACGUGGUCAGAAACUUACGUCUCCAGUUUCUGUUCAUCAGAGUCUCUGGUCUCUGUAUCGAAUGAGCUUCCUUUGCAUCUAGUGAACUUCUGUUUGGUGUCGUAA